GUCACAUAAUUAGAGUAAAAUACAAAGUGAUGUGCUAGUGGCGUGCUAUUUGUAAGCUCUGAUAUUUUACUUAAAUAUUAAUGGAAUAAUGAUAGUUUGUGAACUGUAAAUUUGUGAAUUGCCAUAUUUUUACCUCUAGAAUUCUAAUUUAAUUGUCAACCAAUUUUAGGUGUAUUCUAUUAAGUUAUAUUUCUUUUUUAAUAUUGACACUUGCUAUCGUUUUCUUUCCUAUAAGGCCGCCUAUUGUGCGUGUAGCCUCAGCGCAGUCUGUAGAAGUGCGUCACUACAAUGCCGUUCCAAAAACAUUUGUUUAUAUGAAUUAACAAUUACCUUUUAGGUAGUGCCAAUUAAAUUCGUCUGUGAAGUGAAAGCUAUAAUGGAUUUCAAAUUAAUUGGUGCACCGUGUGGUCAACAUGGCCCUUAUACAUUUUAUAAAGCAUUUAAGUAUUCAAAACAUGGCAAAACAAAUAUUUUAGCUCUGAGUGAAUUUUUUUUCGUCAAAUUAUGGAAUGAUUCUGACUUAGUGAGUAUAGGUGAAUUACAGUUAUUGUGGGAGGAUAAAAAUAGUGAACAAACAUUAGCAAGUCUUCGUUUAUACAUACUACCAGAAAAUACACCAGAGGGGAGGAGUGAUUGUCAUGGAGAGCAUGAAGUUCUGGCCAUUACUGAGAAGGUGGUGCUGCGGGUGGAAGACCUGCUCACAUGGAUCACAGAAGCAGCGGACUGGUCGUGGGGACUGUCUGCAGUAUACGACCGUUCCGCCAAGCUGAUGCCGAGACCUAGCCUGCUCUCUGACAAUUCAGUCAUUGACCUGGCCGAAGUCGACAAGGAGAAGGAUCAAUUGGGAGAGUCACACUGGGAUACAAAGAGCGGAGUAGUGGUGUUGAGUUUUCCACGAUACUGCCGCUACCGGGGUAUACUCAAGCGGUUGGAGGGUGUCCACAACAAAUGGCUGAGGACAGCACUUGUUACAGCCCUUGGGGGCUUCACGGUUCCUUGUCGCAACACCAGGGUGCUCUAUUGCAAGGAGACCUUUGACUAUCCAGACAUUGAGGGCCAUGAGCUACUCUGCAACCAUUUGGCACCAAAAUUAAAAGGGCGUCCUCGGAAAAAACGGAAACAGCUGGAUCAAUCACCGGACUCUUCAGACUCUGAGUCUGAAUCGUCUUCCAAUUCCACUUCGUCUUCGUCUACCAAGGUUAAGUAUUCAUCUCCACAGAGGCCUGUGGUAUUGGGGAAGAGUAAUGUAGUACCCUCCAUCACGUCAUUGUCCAGUACACGCCGUCCGGCCGGAAACACUGAGGAGAGGGACUUUCUCAGCCGACUCCAUGCAUUCAUGAAGGCCAGGCAGACACCCAUCAACCGUGUGCCCACCAUUGGCUUCAAGGAGCUUGACCUAUACAAGUUGUACAGCAAGGUGCGUCACCUGGGAGGCUAUGACGCAGUCACCUCCAGCAGACUGUGGAAGUACGUCUAUGAAGAGAUGGGGGGUGAUCAGUCCAGCACCAGUGCUGCAACAUGCUGUCGCCGACACUACGAGAGACUUUUACUGCCUUUUGAACGCUACCUGGUGCCGAACCGCAGUAAAAACUCGACUCUAGCCAAGCUCAAGAAAAUGGAUGAAAUCAGUAUUACACCCAAGUCACCAGCACAAAAUGUGUUUAAUUUGCAGGACAUACACGAGAAUAAUAGUGAUCCUUUAAAGAUUGAUGCUAGAGAAGCUGGCCCCCUGGUAAGGCUCACUCCCUCCACUUGUUAUUUAACUUCUGAAAUAAUCGACUUGUCUUCUGAUGAUUCUCCUAUUAAAAAUGAGGUCGUCAGUUUGAUCUCUGAUGAUGAUUCCCAGUCACCUGUUAAGAUGAAACCACCGCUGUUAAACAUUACAACUAAGAAACAGAAAUUGGAGAUUCUGAAGGAGGGAGGGCUGGAGGUGACACCGAUCUCGACAGUGGCCAACGGACGGACAGUCCCCAUUGAGAAGCCGCGACCCUCAGUGAUCCAGCACGCUGCAGUAGGAAUCAAGCCACGGGAGUCCAUUACCAUCACGCCAGAUCUAGGCCACAUGUUACCCAACAGCCAUGCUUGGGGACUUGGGGGUCAGUCCGUCUAUGGCAAUCCUAAGGAAGUGUUACAUGGCUCGUCUCGCCCUGCGGCUGACGAGAUCCUUGAUCUCAGAACUAAAACACCGUACGCUCCUGUGGGUUCUAAUCUGGAAAUCACACUAGUUCCUCCUGCAAGUCAAAAAGGGAAGAAAUCACAAGUAGUUCCUACACCAAAUCGGCCAAAUAACUCACAAAAACUGUACCACCCGCGUCCUCACACACAACCGGUGCCAGCUCAAAAACCAGUUCAUAAACCAUUAGGGCCCUCUCCCACCACGAGUAUUUCUAACGGUCGUGCGGCCAGUAUUGUUCCUAGUGUUUCCAUCAGUGUGAAUCAGAAGAAGAAGAGUAAAGCUGCACCUCCACACUCUUCGCAAGCCUUCCCACCUUACAAAUCCGGUCCGUAUCCGAUGAUGGAUCCUGUCUAUUUAUCGGCAUUCUACAGUGGACUUUUUACACCGUUCUCUGCUGCAACGACACCACAACAGUUACAGAUGUAUAAGGACCUGCUCCAUCGGCAAAAUAUUCCAGACAGUUUCCCGAGACUCUUGCAAGACGGCUCCACUUCCAUAUCCUUAGUGAACCAGACACCCACACCUCCUUCCAAGUGACCCCCUCACUCACCCUAGUGUGCCAUACACAGUAUUUAACCCACCAUCGUUCAGCAUUUGUGAUAGUAGAAUACUCCACCUAUGUAGUUGUCUCGAUAGUUGUACAGUACAAAUAGUAACUUAACCAACACGUGUUGCAGGUUUAUCGUAGCUUUUAACAUUUUUACACGUUUGGUUGUGUUUUUUCACGUAGUUACAUCUGAACAUCUUAGUGAUUUUAGUUACACUAGAAGUUCUCCAUUUGUUCAUACAAUUUUAAGUAAAGAAACAUUCUCAAAAUUAUGUAGUUAUCUUGUGUUGUAAUCAGAUUUAUAACAGUUUCAUAAUUUGAAAUUUGUAUUUUCAGUAACAAAUUCUUUCAAGCUCACAUUUACAAAAUUUAUUAAGUCACUGUUUAAUGUGGGGAGGGGGUUGUAAUUAGUAUUUUGAAAUUUCAUAGUAUUAUGAAUUACCUAUCUAAUUUUUAGUUAGCCAACGAAAAUGUACCUUUCAUACUGAAACUGGUGCUAAUUAACCCUUUUAUAACAUACAAAAGUCCAAAAGGAUAUAUAUUAUUACUGUAACUUUUACCAGUUUGAUUGGAAAAUAACUUUAAAUUAGCUUAUGUUGUUAAACACCAUUCAGUGUUGUAUAAUAAGUUAGAUCAUGUGUAGAGUGUUUAUUUAGUACAGUAUUCAUAAAAUUCAGGAAAUUGUAAAAGUUAUGGAGGAUGUAAUCUAAUAUUUUACACUUGCACCAAUUAAUUAUUAAUUGAUUUUGCCAAGUUUAAGUUGAGCAAACAUCUAAAUAUGCUUUGAAAAUGGUUUUCUUUUAAUGUUCAAAAGUAUUUCAAGAAAGUGAAAGAGAAAAUUGAUUUAUCAGCAGAAUUAGACAGGGAAAGUUACAAAACCAACCUCCUUAAAGUCAACAAUACUGAUAAUGACAAUUAAUUUUGAUUGAACUUGAUUCUAGCAAUGUGUUGUAGUUGUCUGAAAAGGGGUAUAAAGAUAAACUUUCUGAGAUAUUGAGGCACUCUACUGUCCACUCAUAUAUGCUAUUUUAACACAAAAAUAGCAAUGUAGAUUUGUUUUCCUCCACUCCAUGAAACAUGACAUUAAAAUCUUAGCUACAAAUUUAUAGUAAAAUUCAGUCCCAUUUAUAAUUAAUAUAUUUAGCAAUUAAGAAUUUCAAACAAGAUCCUGUUCCAAAAAAGAUUAGGAUUUUCUCUUAGUAUAAGACUUAUACUUAGUAAAAAGCAUGAAGAGAAUUUUUAAAAUGUUAUAAAGAUGUAAUUGUUGAAUAACUUUUUGAAUUGUUUAAAUCUGCUGUAAAACUUCUGAUGUUGCAUUGUUUAAUAAUACAUUUCUACUCCUUAAGUUAUUAAAUAAAAUGUGUAUAAUAUUGUUCCCAACUCGUCUUUAAAAUAUCAACACUACAGUCACAAUCAUGCAGUUAUGUUACGUAACUCAAAGAUUGAGAAAUUUGUAUUUAUUUAUUAGCAUUAAAAUGAGAAAUUCUGUCUGUAACCUUAAAACAUCGUCAUGUCUUCCAUGCAAGAGAUUUGCAAUACCUACCUAAUUACAUGUGAUUAGUAAUACUACGAUAGGAGAUUUUUUAUGGAAAUGAACAAAUUUGUUUUAAAAUGGUAAUAGUUAAUACUAAAUACAAUAAGCAGGGACUUGCUAAUUCCAGUGUUUAUGAAAUUUUAGAAUUGUAUUUAUUCUAGAUUUUGAGUCCUAUUCCAAUUAUAUUUUAGAAUAUAUAUUCAGUGUUUACCAUAUAGGUAUUGAUUUUAAAAUAAUUAAUUUGACAAAAGUCAAUGAAAAUUAUCCAAACAAUGAUUAUCCUAAAAUUGCUGAACUUUAAUAUAAUCAACACAUAAAUGUUUACUUAUACCAAGUAUGCUCUGUUGUCUGCCAGCUUAAAUGAUGUAUAUAUAAAAUCAAUAGACAAAAAUAUAAAUGUUCUAAAAUGUAAAGGUAUGGUUGUAUUAUAUUUUAUAUUUACAUUAUAAAUAGGUUUUGCACGCCUUUAUAAACUAAUGAAUUAACAGUGAAUUGUGAACUUAAAAUUACAGAACAAAUAUUCAAAAGCAGACAAAUCAGAAAAUGCAUACUGCAACAUUUUAACUGUGAAAAAUAAUAAAAUAGCCACAAGCAACACUAAACAGGCAAGGCAAACAAUGUUAGGGUCACUUAAGUUAGAAAUCAGCUUAUGUUACAAAACAAAUUCUUCAGUGUUUAUUUACUAACAAAAAUAAUAUGUUGCUGUAACCUUCUCCGGAUAUUUACUCAUUAUUUUAAUGAGUUAGUUGUACAUUUUCAUUCAUAAAACAUUAUAAAUUGCUACGCUUUUGCUCAGCCUAUAAUAAUUAAUUGGUGCAUUAUUUUUACAUCAGUGUAAGUUGUAAUUAAUACAAUCUGGAACUCUAGUUAUGUCGAUGAUAUUGCUGAUUGUUUAAAUGAUGGUACAUAGUUAGAGUAAACCUCAAAAUUAAUUAAAAAUACAAAAAACUUUUUUGGUUUUUAUGAAAAUUCUAUUAAAGAAUUGAAAUAUGUCCAUCUUCAAACAUUUACUUUUAGCAUUUAACUUAUUACUUUUAUAUUUAUUAAAGCAUAUAAGUUUCUCUUUAAAAUAAUAUUAUUAGUAUUGCAACUUUUUAUUCAAACAUCCCUUUGUUAAAGUAAAACAUGCUAUAUAAUCAUUAAAUAUUUAUUUUAACCAGUUAUAUAUCACACAACCUUUUAUUUGUUCACUGCAUAAAAUAACUACAUUUGUAUUAUUACCUUAAAUUUCUCAUCUGUAUUGUCCCUUAUGUUAGAUGCUGGGAAAGGAUAGUGGCCACCAAACACUACUCAACAUUCCUGACCAUGAUCUCAAUUCUUGUCAGUGGACUGUAUCAUUAAUUUGUCCUAUUUUGCCAAUAUGUGUUGUCUUACAUAAUUUGUACAUAAAUAUUUUGUUUAAAAUAGAUAUUUUUAUAGUGAGGCACAUUAAAGUUCAAAGAUUGUAAAGUGAAUACUACAGUUUGGUUUCAUGGAAUGUGUUGGUGUAUUUAAAUUGUUACUAAAGUUAGUCUUUCAACACUAUUCUAGUUUUGGCUGUCUAACACACCUUAUUUACAGUACUUAUAGUAAGUAAGAAAGAAAAAAAUUGAAAUUCCUACUCUAACACUAUUACUACAUAUUUUUCAGCUUAUAUAAUGUUAUUGUGAUUUAACAAAAUUUAUUUUCUACAAAUUAAUUGGAGAAGGGUUGGAUUAAAUAUCCAAUAUCUCUAUAGAGGAUAAAAAACAUCUCUGCAAUUAACAACAUAUGUUCAAUUUAUACGAUAAAGGUUUUUAUGUGGUAAAACAUUGUCUACUUAGUAAAACCAAUACCUAUAGAUUUGUCUUCUAUAACUUUUCUAAUAAUACUUAAUAAAAUUUGUUUGAACCAAGUUACCUUAUACGCUUAAAUCUGAGUUGAAGUUUAUUUAUAGUUUAAUUAUAUUUGCAAAUUGAAUUAUAAUAUUUGUUUAGUUUAGUUAUUUAUUUUAUUAUUAAUAAUCAAAAUAAUUAUUUCCAGUGAUUUAUGAGGAGUGUUUCAAAAAAAUUCCCAUGAGUGAAGAUUAUCCCUAGAAUAUUGUUAUAUAAAUUUUCAAUUGCAAGUUGAAUUAUACCAUUGUAAAUGCAUCACUUCUUUUAAAAUAAAAUCAUAUUCUAUCCAGUAUAUACUGCUUGUAAUGUCAUUAUUUCUCAAGUGGUCUAAAUUGAAAUAUUAUUAAAAAAUAAUCUUUUUAUCUAUGAUUAAAAUUAAACAUAUUUUAUUUUACCUUAUUACAAAAUAGUUCUGCAUUUAGCAAAUUAAAACUAGUAUAGUCAUAUUUUUCUCUCUAUAAAAGUUUUAAUUUUUUACUUGUCUCAUAAAUAUGUGAAAGAUAAUUACAAACAUUUCUUAAUGUAAUGUUUAUUAUUAAAUACUAUAAUUGUAUAACUCCUUUUUGGCAGUUAAGUGGUUAGUGAACUUUUUCUUCUUGGUUCAAUUAAUUUGAAGUAAAAAAUUUAAAAUUAACAAUAGUACCCAUGCAAUUCUUCAGUAAGCUAACAAACACAGGUGUUAGUAUAGUUUUAAGUGCCACACAUUUUCUCUAAACGUAUACAUGCGCUCAUAUACUAAUUUAAAAAGAUAAUGUGUUUGUUUUGUAUAUAUAUAUAUAUAUAUAUAUAUAUCACAAAAAAUACACCACACAAAACACGUGUGUGUUUUAUUGAACAGUUUUUCAUCACAUAAAAUUUCAUUGUUGUUCUUUAUUUAAGCUUAAUGUGAAUAUUAAUAUUUUCCACCCGAAAUUAUGCAUUCGUAUUGUGUAAAUUAAUUUCAUUUUCAAAUUAAUUACACCAUAACAUGCCGUUAGGAAAUUGCUCUAGUUUCUAGUUUAUUUCUGCAAUUGUCUGUCCCACAUUCCAUGAACAUUCAGAAAAUAUUUAAAAAGGAACAUGUUACAUGGUUUACUUAAAAUUGAUUAUAUAAUUUUGAAUAAAAAAAAACAACUUAAUAAAGUGCCACAGCUUGUUUGUUAGUUUACAAAUAAAGGCAACAAACAUAAAAAUAAAAUUUCAAUCAUAUGUCCUAGCAUAAGUAAUUUAAUUCACUUGAGUGAAAUUUGAGUAUUACAUGGCCAUGUCCUUUACCCAAUAUAAAAGAGGUUCCUUACAAAAUUGAAAAAUUAGUAAUUUGCCAUCGUUGCAUUUGCUUGUGAAGAUAAUGCAAAAGGGAAAAUUAAAAAGGUAUGUAUAAAAUUUGUUAAUAAAUGAAAAAUUUUAGUUGCAAUUUAUUACUGCUUUUGGUAGCUUAAUUUUGUAAGUCAUUGUUAAAUAGUAAUAACUAGUUAUGACAGAGAUCAGUAAUACAUGUAGUAUUGUUAUGUUGUCCAAUUUGUUGUUGUUAGUUGGUUCUGUUUUGUCGAGUGCCUUUAAAAAUGAAAAGCACGAUCAUUAUUGUACGUUGUAAAAAUAUUGUUUCAACUAAGCAUUUCUUGCUUGGAAAACUGUUUAAAAAGUUUUGCUGUCAGAAAUAAUUUUUCAAGCUGUAACAUUUGACACCAUUAAUUUUAAUUAUUAAUUUAUCUUAAUGUUAUUUUGAACAGUGAAUGUAUUAGAAUAUAAUACCUAGAUCCUAUCAUAGAUAUGUAAUUGUAAAUACGUAGUAAAAUUUGUAAGCCAAUUGUAUAUACAUAUAUUUACAGAGUCUAUUUUGAGUGUAAAUUAUAAGUACCGUGAAAAUGAAUGCAGUUAAGUGUGGAGUGUUCACAUUAGUUUAAAAUUUAUGUAUAUCUUUUACUUUUAUAAAUAAAACAGUUUUCUAUUUA